GCCACAUUACUUGUUAGUGCCUAAUUGUGAUAACUACCGGAGCGUGCAGUACCCACUGAAGUCCCAAACUCAGCCAGGAUCUUUUGAAAAGUCUCUACUAAAUCAAUCCAACUCAGCAUGCACUCCUCCAGCAUCUGUGUCCUCGCCAUUUGUGCCUUCGUUUUGGUCUCCUCCAUUGGAGCUGCUCCUCUGGACGACUCCCAACAUGCCACCAUCCUGAGAUACGACAACGACAACAUUGGCACUGAUGGCUACAACUUCGGGUAUGAGACCAGUGAUGGUGUCACCCGCCAGGAGCAGGCUGAGCUCAAGAACGCCGGCACCGACCAGGAGGCGCUCAGUGUGCGCGGCUCCGUCAGCUGGGUGGCUCCCGAUGGCCAGACCUACACCCUGCACUACAUUGCCGAUGAGAACGGUUUCCAGCCCCAGGGCGACCAUCUGCCCCACAACUAAGUAUUACCACUUGGUGUAGUCACUAUCUGAAUCAGUAUUUCUUCAUGUUGUAACAAAACAAAAUUCAGGGUUUUAAAGUAAUGUUUAAUGUUUACUCCAAUGAUCAUGUUCCAUUUUAAAUAUAGUCGAUAUCAGUACAUAAAUAAAUCAAUCGUAUUGUUUGAUUAUUUGAUUAUCUAAA